CAUAAUGUAUUUCUUUUACUUCGCUAUUAGACGAGCGCAUUACAAAUGGUAUACGGCAAACACGACAUCAAGAAUCCGGAUUGUUGCUACCGGAAUUUUCACCGCAGGCGUAUUACUUUUUACCUUUAUUCAGUGCAGUGCAUUAUUCAGCCUAUCUCAGGAGAAGGUGGUAAAAUAUACAUUACCGAAAGGUGAAGAUCAGGAUGAGGGGAAUCCUGCCAAGAUGCGACUAAAGAUUAAGCAGAUGAUGCUGCACGCCUGGCGAAAUUACGCUCGCGUCGUGUGGGGCACCAAUGAAUUCCGUCCGGUCUCGCGUCGUGUCCAUGCAGGCAGUGAUUUUGGGACACACAAACUCGGUGCAACUAUUGUAGAAAGCUUGGACACCCUGCAUUUGAUGGGUCUGUUUAAAGAAGUGAAUCGUUCACGGGAUUGGAUCGAGAAGUCAUUCAGCUUGGAUCGUGUCGACGAAGCUUUGUCCGUUUUUGAACUAACAUCCAGGCUGCUGGCACCUAUGCUAACACUCUAUUCCCUCACUGGCGAUCUCCUGUACAAGGAUAAGGCUAUCCAUAUUGCCGAUAAGAUUCUUCCGGCCUUCGACACUGCCACGAGAAUUCCCAGACGACUCGUGGUCCCAAAGGAUGGCAGCACCCUCACUAAAUACCUCGAUGACGUGUCUCGUACUUCGGAAUUUGGAGCACUGCACUUGGAGUUCUUUUACCUCAGCGAAAUCACUGGCUCUUCAGUUUACAAGGAUCGAGUGGAGGGUAUUCGGCAGAGAUUAACUACUAUUGAGAAACCAAAUGGUCUUUAUCCCAAUGCCUUUUGCACAAAAUAUGGCAAAUGGGAAAACUACAACAGUUCAAUGAACCGAUUUUAUGAUUGCCUGCUGAAGUCAUAUCUGCAGUCCGGUAAAGUUGAUCUUCAAACUGCCGAUCUGUUGAAAAACGAUAUGCUGGCUGUAGCGCAAAAUUUGGUUGUAAUCAAUCCGGAGGGCGUAACGUAUGUAUCGGAUAUGAGAAAUAGUACCCUAAACCAUCGAAUGAAACAGUCAGAUUGUUUUGCUGGUGCUUUUUUUGUCCUAGGAGCAGCAGAAACCUUGAUAAAACACUGGGAGAAGUACGCGCAGAUUGGCGUUGGUAUAGUGGAUACAUGCCAUGACAGAUAUUGGGAAUCAUCAACCCGGUUAGGUCCGGAAGCAUUUGCCUUUACGGAAGAAGCCGAAAAGGAAUUGGUUCCACUUCAAAGGAACUUCUAUAUGCUGCGGCCGGAAGUUGUCGAGAGCUAUUUGGUGCUCUGGCGAAUGACUCAUGAUCCUAAGUAUCGGAAUUGGGGACGUGAGAUCGUGAUGGCCAUAGAAAAAUACUGCAGGACACCAAAUGGAUUUACUGGUAUAAUGGACGUUAACAACCGAUCGGCGGACCCAGAUGAUGUGCAAAGGACUUUCUUCUUAGGCGCGACCCUUAAAUAUUUGUAUUUGCUAUUUUCCGAUGAUGAGGUUAUUUCUUUGGGAGAGUGGGUUUUCAACAGUGCUGGACAUUUCCUACCCAUUAAAGGUGCGAAUGCGAAGUACCGUCAACAUAACUUAACGAAUUAAAUAAUUGGCAUUAUUAAUUGCUAAAGAACUACCAAUAUC